UCGUUGUAACAUCCGGGAAAUCAGCGCUUGCCCGUUUCGAAGAUCAACAAAAACAGAUAAUGUCUAGCUACGGAAAAAAGACAGCUCUAGCAGGAGGGGGUAGAAAAAAGGGAGGUGCCAAACCAGAUUUGACAGAAGAACAAAAACAGGAAAUUAGAGAAGCUUUUGAUUUGUUUGAUACAGAUGGAUCAGGAACAAUAGAUGCCAAAGAAUUAAAGGUAGCCAUGAGGGCAUUAGGAUUUGAACCAAAGAAAGAAGAAAUAAAGAAAAUGAUACAAGAGAUAGAUAAAGAUGGAUCAGGUACAAUUGAUUUCAAUGAUUUCCUCACCAUCAUGACACAAAAAAUGAGUGAAAAAGACGUGAAAGAAGAAAUUCUAAAAGCUUUCAGGUUGUUUGAUGAUGAUGAGACAGGCAAAAUCUCAUUCAGAAACUUAAAAAGGGUAGCAAAAGAAUUAGGGGAAAAUCUCACAGAUGAAGAAUUACAGGAGAUGAUAGAUGAAGCUGACCGAGAUGGUGACGGUGAAAUCAAUCAAGAAGAAUUCCUCAAAAUCAUGAAAAAGACAAGUUUAUAUUAGAGACAUUAGUGUCUAUUGUUAGAUCUGACUUAUCUCACUUUCAAAUCAUUUUAAAAAAAUAUUGUGAAGCAUUUACCACUAUUUCAAUGGGACCAAUGCAUGUGUGAUAUGAUUGUGUUGUUUGAGUGAGUAAAUGGUGCUGAUAAAGCAAUUCUGAGUGAAAUUUCAAUACAAAAUCCACGACUAUGUUAUAUCAAUUGCUAGAAUAGGUUUUUGUUAUGUAUUUCAAAUAAUUCUUUAAAUGAUCAUUUCCCAGUCAAUUUCACUCAACAUGCAGUUUUAUAUUGUUUCCUUUAAUAUUUUUCAUUCUGCUUUUAAAAUACUGCCAUUUUAUAAUGAAAAAAAAACAACUAAAAAUAUGGAACUGCACAAAGUAUAGUAAAAAUGGGAAAAAAAUCUUAAAAUUAUUUUUAUGGUUGGUUUUCAAUCACAGAUUUUUUACCAGUCCUCUAUACAAAGAGAAAACUUGAUUGAACAAAUGGCUUUUUGACUUUCUAUUCUAUCUUGAAUGAAAGAACCAGGUGUGAGCUGCCAGCAAACAGAUGCAAUUGGACUUCACAUACUUUGUUUAGUUUAAAUGUCAUCUGAAUUAGACAUUUCCAAGUUAUUUUAUUUAUUUCAUAUAUAUAAAUUUGUACUUGUUAUUGUAUAUGUGUACUUUAUUGUAAAUAAGUAAAAAUAAAUAAAUUUUUAAUGAAAAGUCAA